AUGGCGGAGCGGAAGCGAUGGGACAAGCAGCAGGACUUUCAUCCUCCCAGUAGCUCCUACGCCCUCGAGGCUAAAGCAGAUCCCGUCCUCACAAAGCAGCUUCAGUAUAUAAAAGUACUCGAGGAGAGGAACCGAGUGAAGAAGCGCCUAGCUGCCGCCUCAAAGAAGAACGACCGUCUUCACGAACGCGAAGAAGCUUUCGUAACGGCGUUUAACGUCCCAACACGAGCUGCACAGUCCACUUCGUCGUCCUCUUUAAGCUCAAGAAACACCAGGUCGGCCACGACGAUUCUACCCACAAAACUACCAGGAAAGCUCUCUAAAUGCAAAUCAGCACCGUCCACGACGUUAAACUAUGUUGCAUCCGGAAGCGAAGAGAAGGAGAAGAAUGCAGUGCGUAGAGCCAAGUGGAGUCGCCCUAAAGCUCCGAUGGACGUCGCUGUUAAACACGAAGACGGAAUGCCACUCUUCCGUCUUACGACACAUGAAGAGAAGAUUGAGGAGAAAGAUGGAGAAGGUGAAGAAGACAGUUAUUUGGAGGAGUCAUUCGAGGAGUUUGAAGAAGAAGACGAGAAGGAACACACACUCGAUCUCUCCAAGACAACUAAAGAGCUUUUUGCGAUUAUUCAACAUCUUUCACGGUCUAAGCAACGAGCAUUGGUCGAUGUAUUGCAAAAGUUUCAGAGUGGGGAACAGAAUGAAAAUGACGUGAAAGUUUUACAAAGUUCGAUUGGCGAUCCUGAAAUUUGGAAGGAGAUUUCAGCGACACUAAAUACGCCCAAACCACUACCAAACGAGCGAGAUAGCGAAUUUUCCGAAGCUGUAUCGGCCGCUUCCGUGGCUCCAGUGAAUAACUUGGUCGAACAGCAAUUACAACUAGAAGAUGAGUACGAAAAAGAAAUCAAGGAACGUCUUUUUCAUGAGCGAGAAGAGAAGCAUCGUGUACUGAACGAAGCAGCCGAGCGUCGUGCGAAAAUGAUGAAACAAUUAGAGGAUGAAGAGCGUGAGAUCGAAAGACUCAUGGAAGUCAAACGACAGGAACGUCUCGCAAAACUACGAGCACUGCAGGACGAGACUAGUGCUACCGGUGCUACUUUUGAUAUUCACGUAAAGUUGCUGUCGACAUGGGGUCGAACACGAGCGGUGGGGCUCACUCAGAUCUGCGUCUAUGACCUCAAUGGCGAUGACCUUUCUGUAGACUUGGAGACUCUGCAGCUUCACGAUCAACCAACGGGUAGACCGCUACCGAAGACAAAUGACAUGGUCCGUGGACUGCAGAGAUUAUUUAACGGUGUUGCGCAGACCAACAAGGAGAAGGAGAUGUGGCUUGGACGAUUCGGAGAUGCAGGAGUUCUCGUCAUCCGCUUCCAGGUUCCUUCCAGCCCCAGUAAACUUUGCGUAUGGAAUUUUAACAGUAGAUCGCACAUUGCUUGUACUCGGGACGUCGAAGUGUUAGUGAGUGGCAAAACGGUGUGGACGGGCUCUCUUCCUGAAACUUUUGGUGACGAGGACGACAAUAUCUGCACGUGGAUUGACUUACUGGGCUCGGCAAAGAAGACUUCGCGUACAUCUCGUAAUGAGAAGAGCUCUUGGAACUCCACUGUGGCUAUCUGGAUCGACUCCUUCGUCACUGUUAACCCAGCGAUUACCAGCUACAAGUCGAUCUAG